AGCUUGCGCCUGUCAUGGCCGUCGAGAGUUGUCAGUUUGGAGUGUGUUUUUAGGAAUUACUUGGUUCCAUCGUACAAUUGAUAGGAAAUGGCAGGAUGUUUCCUAGUCACAUUGUACGAGUACUCGCCACUCUUCUAUAUUAGCGUAGUUUCUUUGUGUUUCGUUGUUACAGCCGCCAUUGUCCUUGGCUGGUUUGGGUUUGAUGUCCCAGUGAUCUUGCGUGGCUCUGAUGACACACAAUCCAUCCUACCGACUCCCGAAAAGAAAAUGGUUCAGGUGACUAAUCCUUUUUCCCUCGAGAUGGGUUCAGGAUUCGCAUCUGUCGCAGAUGGUGUGUGGUUGAAGCCAUGUUGUUUGGAGCCCUGCGUCUUGAGCUGCUUCUGGGGUUGUGAGGUCAGUGUCCUACAGCGAGCGUUGCAGGCCCACCAGGGUGGCUCCAGGUUCAGUACCCCCCAUCAUUUCCAAGACGCGUUAGACCACUUCUAUCAUCACUGCCAGACCUUCUUUACCAGCAGUGAAGACCGAGAGGAACGCUACACUCGUAUUCCAGCUGAUCAGGGGCUCACAGAUUUUGGCCCAUUGCCAAGGCAAUGCUAUCCUCUCGUGGCCGUGUUGACCUUGGCGGAACAAGAAGCCCGAGACGCAUACAACAUUGUGGCCAGUGUCAGUGUUAUUCAUGUACCUGAUAAUAAACACAACCUGUCGGCAAGGAUCCUCUUCCAGUACCUUCUCACCUCACAAGGGAACAUGUACGAGUUAAAGGCUCUCUUCAUGUCAGCGAACGGUAGUGGGGAAUCUGGUCAUCCUGAUACUGACCCAGUUACCGGUCCCAGUGAGCCCGAGUGUGAGGAGGAAGAGGACGAACAGGUGGCAUCAGUUGUAGAGGGUGAUGAGGAGGAAGAUGAUCGAGACUGGUCCGAGGGGCAGGGCAGAGACUGUGUGGUGUGUCAGAAUGCAGCAGUCAACCGGGUUUUGCUGCCCUGCAGACACGCUUGUGUUUGUGACAGUUGUGUGGCUCACUUCCAACACUGCCCCAUAUGUAGGGCUUUCAUCCAGGAGUCCUUUGUGCUGACUCUUGGUCCAGCUGCAUCUGAACAAUGACACCAUUGGGCCAGUAACAGUUAGCCAACCCCACAGGAGUCUGUGUCACACUAUUAUCGUAAUAUUGGAAUUAUUUUAUACCAUUUAGGAAUUGGUUUUCUUUGAAGAACAUGCUGCUGCUCGGGCUUCGUUUAGUUUUUAAUUUGAUUACUGUAUUCACCUUUCCCUGUUCAAUCUUACAACACAGAAGGCAUGUAUGACAUAUUAGCAUCUUAAGCCACAUUCAAAUGAUGUGAGAUGGUUUGACUCAAGGCUGUACUAAUUUAUAUGAUAAAACUGUACUUUUCCCACUGA